UCGGUCUGUUUAGACGACAGCGCUCAUUAUGAUGAUAUGUGAUCUCUGUGAGCGGCAUCAUGCACAUGUUGCUCGCCUGACACGCGAUGUGACUGCGGUAUCGGGUCAGGUAUGACUCGGAUGCUUGUAGCUAGCUAGCUGUUAGCUUAGUCAGCCCUCAUCCUCCCUGCUACCUGCUACGGUCAGAGCUCCAGCUCCAGCUAGCAGCUCAGCUGAUCAGCUGCAGCACCACACCGAGCCCGGAGACAACAUGACGAGGCCCUAAUGUCAGAUCGGCGACGGUGUGUUCAGGCAUCAAAUACAGACAUGGCGUCGCAGCUCCAGGUGUUCUCCUCUCCCUCUGUGUCCUCCAGUGCCUACUCUCGUUCAAAGAGGCUCAAAGUGGAGAACCCUGCCUGGGAUGUGUCCAACCAGCUGGGAGACAAUGGUUACUACCAACAGAGCCCCACCCAGGGAGCUGUACCCUCCACUUCUGGCUCUAACUUCAAUCCAGUGUACAACCCCAACCAGGUGCAUCCGCCGACUGCAGGCUCCCGGGAGCAGACAGUGGUGCGGGCAGCAGACAGCACAGGUAGCCUUCGCGGACCUCCCUCCUCCUCCUCGUCCUCCUCCUCUAGCCGUCGCGUCAAGGAUGCGGAGUCCUCCUCCCAGCCGUGUGACCUCUACCACAAGCAGUACAGCUUGAAGCGGAAAAGCGAGGAGGUGGACAGCAGCGACAGCGUCCAGAUACUGGAGGAGCUCUCGGCCCCCGUGGUCUCAAACCGCACUGGUGGUGGAGGGGGGACCACCACAGCUCAGUCCAUAGCACAUUCCACAUCUACCACAAAGAGCAGCAACUCCCACAGUGAGGGCGACUACCAGCUGGUCCAGCAUGAGAUCCUGUGCUCCAUGUCCAACAGCUACGAGGUGCUCGAGUUCCUGGGACGCGGUACCUUCGGCCAGGUGGCAAAAUGCUGGAAACGAGGCACAAAUGAGAUAGUGGCUAUUAAAAUCUUGAAGAACCAUCCCUCUUAUGCUCGGCAAGGUCAAAUAGAAGUUAGCAUCCUCAGCAGGCUGAGCACAGAGAACGCCGACGAAUUCAACUUUGUCCGCUCGUACGAGUGUUUCCAGCACAAGAACCACACGUGCCUUGUGUUUGAGAUGCUGGAGCAGAACCUUUACGACUUCCUGAAGCACAGCAAGUUCAGCCCCCUGCUGCUCAAGUGCAUUCGGCCCAUUCUGCAGCAGGUCGCCACAGCGCUGAUGAAGCUGAAAAGCCUGGGGCUGAUCCACGCCGACCUGAAGCCUGAAAACAUUAUGCUGGUGGAUCCUUUGAGGCAGCCGUACAGAGUGAAAGUCAUUGAUUUUGGCUCCGCCAGCCACGUGUCCAAAGCGGUUUGCUCCACCUACCUGCAGUCACGAUACUACAGAGCUCCAGAGAUCAUUCUGGGCCUUCCUUUCUGCGAGGCCAUCGACAUGUGGUCUUUGGGAUGUGUCAUUGCUGAGCUGUUUUUGGGAUGGCCCCUUUAUCCUGGAGCCUCAGAGUACGAUCAGAUACGUUACAUUUCCCAGACACAGGGCCUUCCAGCAGAGUACCUGCUGAGUGCAGGGACUAAGACCAGUCGCUUUUUCAACAGAGGCCCAGACUCGAGCUACCCCCUCUGGAGACUGAAAACACCCGCAGAGCAUGAGGCAGAGAUGGGGAUCAAGUCAAAGGAGGCAAGAAAAUACAUCUUCAACUGUCUUGACGAUAUGAUGCAGGUGAACAUGACGAGCCUGGAGGGGACGGACAUCUUGGCGGAGAAGGCUGACAGACGGGAGUUCAUAGACCUGCUGAAGAAGAUGCUGACGCUUGACGCGGACAAACGGAUCACUCCCAUGAAGACUCUGAACCACCCCUUUGUUACCAUGACGCACCUGCUGCACUUCCCUCACAGCUCACACGUGAAGUCCUGCUUCCAAAACAUGGAUAUAUGCAAACGCAGAUGCAGCGCCUUUGAGAAUGGAAAAAACAUGUUUGCCAGCAACAAUACCCCAAGUGCUGCCACCAAUCUCACUGUCACCUUUAGUAGCCAACUAAACCAGCACAAUCAGAUGGCCUCUACAGGAGGCCAGUCCCUGUCCCUCAGCAGUAACGUCCCGUUGCUGAACUACCAGCCCGGCCUCUACCAGCAGGCCACCAUAAACAUCCCGGGCCUGACCCAGCAGGGUGUACCCCUGCAGACCAGACCCACCCAGCUCUGCACCCAGACUGAACCCUUCCAGCAAACGCUCAUAGUUUGCCCUCCGACCAUCCAGGGUCUUCAAACAUCCAAUAAGCCCUCUGGUUAUCCGGUGAGGAUGGACAACUCAGUACCCUUAGUCCCUCAGAACCAGUCGUCCCAGUCUCUUCACAUCCAGCCCGGCAUGCUGGCACAGCAGGGCUGGCCAGCAGGCACACAGCAGAUCCUCAUCCCUUCCACAUGGCAGCAGAUGCCAGGCAUGGCCAUCCACAACCCUGGGCAGACCGUAGUGCCUGACUCACCUAUGGGAGCCCCGGUCUCUGACAGUCAACAAGCUUCUGGCUGGAGGGGUCGUCACGGCAGCCAGUACGAUGGCGCCAGCCAGCAGGACUCUGGUGUUGGCCGUCACGCUGCCUCCCAAAACCACAACUCAGGGGCCGCUCACUCAAGAGCCCAACAGGGCAAGAGGUCAAAGGCUCGACAUGCUGAGAGCAGAGCCAGGCCUGUGUCAUCGGUGCAAUCAGCCGCCACUGUGGUCCACAAUACUUUUGCUGGUGACCAGUCUCAGCCCAUCGUCAUCUCUGACACACCCAGUCCCGCUGUCAGCAUCAUCACCAUCCACAGCGACUCAGAAGAUGAGGAUGACAGGAAGUUCCCCGCUGCAUGCUCUGGAACGAGCCAGAGGACCAACGUGAUCAGCUGUGUGACAGUACACGACUCCCAUGACUCUGAUUCCUCCACCAGCAGCCCCCUCAGCCCCAAGACCACCUCACAGCCCACCAAGUCUCUGGCCAUUAUCAUGCCCUCUGUGAAGAGCCAGCCUGGAGAGAGCACAACCCAUAAAGCUCCAGCAGCUCCAGAACAAGCUACAAGUGGCUCUGGAAAGUCCAAGAAGGGGUCGACUCAGCAGUCAAGUCGGCCAGCAGAGUCCAACACUGAUCGCCACCAACGGGCCGCAUCCAGCAGAUCUCAGCCUCUUAACCUGAGUCAGGUACAGCAGUCUGUGAUGUCAUCCUCUCAUGACCAAACAGGAAGCAGUAGUUCCCUGAGGCGGCAGCCCACGUACCCCCCUCCCGUCCCCUCCCACUCAUCCUACCGGCUUCACGAGAACGCCCUCUUCAGCUCGACCCCCAACCUGUACGCCUACCCGGCCUCUGCCGCCCUGGCCUCCGUGUCCCAAGCUGUGGACCAGAUGCAAGGUGGCUCAUCCCGCCACAGCAGAGCGAGCGGGGCGUAUUCCUCCCUGGCGCUGCUCCAGAAGAACGGCAGCUUAGCCCUGGGGGGGUCUGCUCCGGGACAGUACGGCAACCAACAACAACAACAACAACAACAACAACAACAACAACAGCCGCAGCAGCAGCAGCCACAGCAGCAGCAGCCGCAGCAGCAGCAGCAGCAGCAGCAGCAGCAACAGCAGCAGCAGCAACAUCAGCUGGCAGGGCAGCCUUUCCACCGCUCCAGUGCUGCUUACCAACGAAAACUCAACCAGUAUCCCUACCUGUAAAGACUGACUGACUGAGGGCUGAUUGAGACAGAAGCUCUGCACGAAGACCAAAUGAAGACCGAGACUAGAGAGGAGCACAAGCUCAUGACAGGCGGCUGUGACUGGACUUGUUUUCAACUCAACUUUUUACUUUCCCUGCACUGUCCAGUCUUUGUUUUUAGAACUUUCUCUGAUUAUUUUGGAUAAAAUAAUCACAGGAUGUAUUUAUAUUUUAAUCAUGAUAAUUUUUUUUUUUUUU